UGAGGCAGCUGUCUCUCCCAUCAGUCGAGUUCGGAGCGUGAUCGCGAAAGGAAGUGCGGCCGCGCGACAACGUGUGCACUUAGCCACACGUACUCUGAUUGUGAAUGUGACAUGCGUUUUUUCUGACUGCGAACACGAACAUAACAACGAGCGAGUGCAACCGAGUGGACUCUGCCGCGCGCAGAAUGCACCAGUGUAGUGGACUUUCGGACUUACUAUGACAAAAUGCUAGUUGAGCGGUGACGAGAUGCACAACGUGAACUUCUCGAUUUUGGUGCUGGGCGCCCUGCUCAGCGGUGCCGUGCUCGUCAGCCACGGCUUCAGGUACGAGGCACCUGAAUUCUGCUCGUGGGCCUUGGAAAACAACGAGACCAGCCGGGUCAGCGUGUUGUGCAAGGUGCGCACUUUGGCCGGCGAGCCGGCCGCCAACCGCACGUCGAACACGCCGGCGGCAGCGUCGUCGUCGUCGUCGAUCACGGGCCUCCAGGCCGACGGCACCAGCAGGCUGCGGGUCGAGUGCAACGUAGUGCUCUUCUACGAGAGCAUUCUGUCACCGGGUUUCCUGUCACGGCUGAACCAGCUGGAGGACCUCGAGAUCGAACACUGUAAGUUGGCCCAGCUGCAAGAGGGCGCUUUCUACGGAAUGUCCAGUCUGAAAAAGCUGGCCGUCCGCACGCACAACGGUGACUGGUCGUCGGCUCGUCAGCUGGACGUGACCGAGGCCAGUUUUGACGGGCUGAAAGAGCUGCAGAGCCUCGACCUAGCGUACAAUAACAUUCGACACGUGCCGACCAGCGUGUUUUGCAGUUUGGCAAACUUGAACGAACUCAACCUGAGCCACAACGCGCUGCAGCACCUAGACCCAACCCUUUUGGGUGGCACGUCGGCCGAUUCUGUGCUGGCCGACGAGGCAGUAGCCGACGGUGACGAAAGUCCGUCGGGCGGCAGCAGCAGCGAGGGCUGCGAAGUAGACGUCAUCACACUUGACGUUUCCUUCAACAACUUGACCGACCUUCCCUCGGUCCUUAGCUCGCCUCGCCGGCGCCGCUUGAAACACCUGUACGCGCAGAACAACCAACUGACGGCGCUCAGAGCCUCCUCGCUGGCUGGACUCACGUCCCUGCAAAAGCUGAAUGUUUCCAGCAAUCAACUGGUCGACCUUCCUGCGGUGCCACUCAGGGAGACGUGCCGUGACCUGCGAGAGGUGAACUUGCGCGAGAACAGCCUGCACGAUCUGCGAGAUACUUUCCAGCGUCUGGAGCAACUUUUGGUGCUUGACGUGGCCAAAAAUCGACUGGUCAACUUGGGUUCCUCACUCGCCGGCCUCAUCAGACUUAUUGUGUUGGACUUAUCCGGCAACGCGCUCACCCGUCUCGAGCAGCCGGCUUUCAAGGACCUUUACUCGCUGCAAAUUCUGGACUUGCGCGACAACGCAAUAGCCAAUGUGGCGGACGAUGCUUUUCUGCCGCUCUACAACCUCCACACGCUGAAUUUAGCAGGUAACAGGCUUUCCCGAAUCGGGCCUUCUCUCCUCAAUGGGCUGUUUGUCAUGAGCAAGUUGACGCUCAGUCUCAAUCUAAUUACCGAGAUCGAUCCAAUCGCCUUCAGGAACUGCUCUGACCUGAAGGAGCUAGACAUCAGCGGAAAUGAGCUGACAGAAGUGCCGGCGGCUCUCACAGAGUUGCCGUUUUUGCGAACGCUCGAUCUCGGUGAGAACAGAAUCACUGGUUUCCGUAAUGGCUCCUUCAAAAACAUGCACCAUCUGACAGGGCUCAGGCUGAUUGACAACAACAUUGGCAACAUAACGGCUGGCAUGCUUUGGGACCUGGUUGGCCUGCAGGUGCUCAGCAUAGCCAAAAAUAAAAUUUUGCACGUAGAACGCGGUGCUUUUGAACGAAACGAACGGUUAGAGGCUAUCCGUCUCGAUGCCAAUUACCUCACAGACGUAAAUGGUGUCUUUACGGCUCUGCCAUCGCUUGUGUGGCUAAACUUGUCCGACAACCACUUGGUGUGGUUUGACUAUGCCUUUGUACCACUCAGCCUGCAAUGGCUUGAUAUUCAUUCCAAUUUCGUGGAGAAGCUCGGAAAUUACUAUGAAAUCAAAGAUGGCUUCCAUUUGCGCACCAUCGAUGUGAGUCACAACAAGCUGACGGAACUAGGCCCACUCUCUAUCCCUAACAGCGUCGAAAUCUUUUUUGCCAACAACAACAAAAUCACCAAAGUCACAUCAGGAACCUUCGCGGCCAAGCAGAAUUUAACUCGAGUCGACCUUUACGCCAACGACUUGGAGUACCUUGACCUCAGUUCACUGCAAAUAUCUCAUCCCAAUGACGAAGGACUGCGCAUUUCCACCGACGAGGAUGGUGAAUUUCCUGGUUUGGAGAUAGCUCGGCCGCUACCAGAAUUCUAUCUUGGUGGCAACCCUUUCCGCUGCGACUGCACCAUGGAGUGGUUACAGCGAGUCAACAACAUGACUCAUAACGACCACCUUCGCGGCCGCUACCCCAGAGUUAUGGACCUCGACGAUGUUGUGUGUCGAAUGACGCAUUCGCGGAACAUGCCUCCUUCCGAGUCGACUACCAUGGCGCCGGUGCACAUCCCCGUGCUUGAGGCGCGCUCGUCAAACUUUUUGUGCCGUUAUGAAACACACUGCUAUGCACUGUGCCACUGUUGCGACUUCGACGCUUGCGACUGUGAGAUGACGUGCCCCACAAACUGCACCUGCUACCACGAUGAGUCUUGGGGCGCCAAUGUCGUCGAUUGCUCGUCAUCAAACCACAUGACGCUGCCCUCGAGCAUACCGAUGGACGCCACGGAAGUGUUCUUGGACGGAAAUAACAUUCGUGAGCUGCGAAACCAUGCCUUCAUCGGUAGAAAGAAAGUGCAGACACUGUAUGCAAACAGGAGCAAUGUGGAGACCAUCCAAAAUCUCACGUUUAACGGACUGAACUCGUUGCAGGUGUUGUAUCUGCACGAAAACAAAAUCAAAGUGCUGCGUGGUUACGAGUUUGAUAAUUUAAUGAGCCUCCGCGAACUGUAUCUGCAGCACAAUCGACUGACGCACAUCGGCAACGCCACUUUCUUGCCGUUGAUAGAGCUGCGUCUACUGCGACUUGAUGGAAACAAGCUCGCUAGCUUCUCUAUGUGGCAGUUGCAAAAAAACAACCUCGUUUUGAAUAGUUUGUACUUGAACAGCAACCCUUGGGCGUGUCGGUGCCGCUUUGUGCACGCUCUGUUCGAGUGGGUGCAGGUUCCGAAGCGAAAUAUCACCGACGGUGGUGCCUCCAGGUGCUUGGAGAACUACAAGAACGACGACAUCUGCAGCCACGAGGAAGAGGACGACGACGACGUCGUGUCGACGGCCGUUUUGGGUACGUUGCCACGCCUCUUUAUGAACGACUACCUGCCCACGGUGGUCGGCACCCUGUUCGUCGUGCUGCUGGUGAUUGUGCUGGCGAUUCUAGCCUUCGCCUACCGCGACAACGUCCGCCUGUGGGUGUUCGCCCGAUAUGGCAUCAGACUGUUCCACAAGACUUCCUCGGCCGCCGCCGGCGUGUCGGCCGCCUCGGCCACUCUGGCCGCGGUCAAACGAGAGGAUAAAGACAAGCUGUACGACGCUUACGUGUGCUACAGCCCCAAGGACGAGGAAGGUCUGGUGCACAGCAUCAGCACCGGCCUCGAGGACGGCAACCCUUACUACUCGCUGUGCUUGCACUACCGAGAUCUGCCUCCAAUCGCCGGCUCGCGGGACACGGCCAUCUGCGAGGCGAGCGACGCUAGCCGGCGCGUCAUCCUGGUCGUCACCCGCAAUUUCCUUCAAACCGAGUGGCCGCGGCGGGAGUUCCGCGCGGCGCUACACGAGUCGCUGCACGGACGCACCUUUAAGUUGAUCAUCGUUGAGGAGGUCGGCGGCCUGUCACCAGAGGUCGAACGCGACCCCGACCUGCGGCCGUACCUAAAAACGGCCCGCCGCAUCCGCUGGGGCGACAAACGCUUCUGGGAGCGGCUGAUGUACGCCAUGCCCGAGGGCAAGCAGCGCGAGAACAUGCACAUAUUCCGGCAGAACCUCAACUACACGCUGGACGGAAGAGGACACCACCACCCGCUGCACGCACACCAUAGCAUUGUUUCGGGCACAAUGCCCAGCAAGCGGAAGCAGAUGAACGCACCGCUAAAUAACCAUCCCUUGUUCAGCAUAAAGCGCGAGGACGGCCACGUGGUGUCAGCCAAUGCGCCCUCUCCGCGGCUGUUGCACGCUGUCGGCAGGGCACCUGUCUACACCGGCGGCUCCAUCAGUCCGCGCUCCUCGGAGCACAUCUAUUCGUCCAUUGACUCGGACUAUUCGACCAUGGAGCGCGCUAACAUGGCGCCUAACGUCCGUGUCCUGCAACAGCAGCAACCACCCCCGGGGCCACCGCUGCCGCAGCACCAGCAUCCCAGCGUGUGGAGAACUGCCACCAACACCACUGUCGUCGACCAGGGCGGCGUCCAAGCUUAUUUGGUGUGAUAUUCGUCAAGUAAUUACUACCCCCUUCUGCUGUCUCCUCUGCCGAGCUAGAAACUAUGCGUUGUUAUUGCUUUUUGUCUUCACGCUGCCAACCGACGAGACAGCCCUGAACUCACUCACACGGAUAUUUAUAAAUGUGAAGCCGACCCAGCACGAAAUGCCGCCACUUUCCAUUCCAAAAAGGAUUCAACCCACGUCGCCGCCUUCUCGGACUGAAAUGACGGGCGUCGGAAUCGAAAGAGAACUUGUCAGCAGCAGCAGCGAAAGAAGAAUUUUGCUUCUUUUACUUUCCUCCUCCUUUCAAUGAUCAUACAAGACUGAUAAUUUUGCUUUUUGAUCGUUUUAUUACGGAGUUGCGCACGCACUUUGCCGUGCUGCAGAAAAACAGUUUUGUCUCGGAAAUCAAAUAAACACACAUUCCCGCAAACCCGUUGGAAAAGUUUUUGCAUUUUUUCUCUGCGUGAUAAAAAGUACAGUAUUUCAUCCUUUUUGCACAAUGCAGUAUUUUUGUCCUGUUGAUUUUUAAUCGAAUGUUUGUAAAAAAAAAAGGAUAAUUCACACUUAACGAGAGAAUCUGGAGUCUUCCUACGAAGUAAGGUUAAAUUUUGGACACGAUAGGACAAGCAGACAUGCGUAAUUGUUAAAUAAACUAUUAUUGCUACUCAUAUGUAUUUGAAACGCGAGAUAGACGAGGUUCAACUACAUCUGUGUAAAAGACAAAAAGAACUUAAACACGCGCGUGAUUGGUGAAGCAGACCGAGAGAAGACGAGUCUUAAUUUGCUUAUAAAUUAGCUUUUUCAAACUAGUCAAUGUGAUUUUGAUGAUAAAAUGGAGAAUUUUUGUAUUCGAUGACAUGUGAGAAUAAUUAAUAAUGUACGCUGAAAAAAGAAGCAAAGUAAUUAACGAUCGAAAAACGAACGAUUCUCGUCGCGAGCGAAAUGAUAUAGAAUAACUGCCUUGUACUUGUGUAUAAACGCAAAAAUUAUAAGGAACGAUGAGUGAACGAUAUGUGAGAAAGAAAAUGCGAAAGUUCGUUGAAUGUAAUUUCGAAAAAGGUGCUUUAUCCUUCAAAAAUACAAUGGUAUUAUUGUUUGUAAACAAGAUGACACAAAACUUUGUAAAUACGAAAAAAAUGAACAGCUUAAAAUGUUGGGCCAAAAUAAGAGCCCGCGUUUAAUUCCAAACUUCAUUAAUUUUGAUCGCAUUCGUUUGUAAAUUUUGUGUAAAUAAAAUUUUAUAAAUGAUCAAAAA